GAAUUACACAUUUUAAUCACUUUUGCAUUGCGAAAACUAAUUUUAUAUUAAAAAAAAAACGUUAAAGCGGUUGGUGAUUAUUUUAAGAUGGCCGCAAUCGGAAAUGUUCGUUUAUGUCCGUUUCUAAGUCUUGUUCGCACUCAUGAUAUCUGACAGUCGCUGUUCUGCACCGAAUGGUUCAAAAUAUAAAUUCAAAUCAAGCCACCUCGUUCCAGAAAGCUCUUCAGCUGGCGCACGUUGCUUGCACGCCCGAACAAUGGAUGAUCUCCAAACAAUCAAGGCGAAAUUGAAGAGCCUCGCUGACUUGAACUUUACUUCACAACAAGACUUAUCAAUUGAAUAUUAUUUGAUUAUCAACGCGAUCCUGACGAAUUUUGCUGGGCAAGAACUCAUAACAGGGUUAACAAUGUAUAUAAAUGCCGUCUUAGAUCACAACAUAAGCCUGGUACUGGCCCGAGAGCUGAUCACACAUUUCUGCUGUAAUCUAGACACAGUGGAACACAAUGUGUCCAAACAGGUUACAAAGCAUACCUAUAGCAGAUUGCAGCCAAGGGAAAAGGGUUAUGAAGAGCAGGUGUCUCUGAUCAGGCAACAUUUGGCAACUAUUUAUGAGCAUGAAAGAAAUUGGCAGAAAGCAAUUGAAAUAUUAAAGGGGAUUCCACUUGACAAUGGCCAUAGGCAAUUUACUUUAGAUUAUAAGCUAGGAACAUAUCUGAAACUUAGCCGUUUCUAUCUUGAAGACAAUAACGUAUUAGAAUCCGAGGCUUACAUCAAUCGCGCGGCGUUGUUACAAGUAGAUUCGAAGAAUGAGACUCUGCAGCUUGAAUUUAAGGUGGGCUAUGCACGUUUGCUUGACUGUCGACAUCGAUUCAUCGAAGCAGCUCAACGUUAUAGUGAUCUUGCCAGCAGCGAGAUUAUUAGUAUCGACGAGAGAUACGCAGCGCUGCGUAAUGCAAUCACCUGCACGAUGUUAUCACCUCCAGGGAAACAACGCAGUCGAUUGCUUGCUAGUCUGUGUAAAGACGAACGCACACAUUCUAUGGAGGUGUUCAGUAUUCUUCAAAAGAUGCAUCUUGAACGACUUAUUCGCCGCUGUGAAAUGGAAGUGCUUGAGAUUAAUCUAAAGCCUCACCAGAGAAUGAUCUUGGCUCAUAAUUGCACCAUUUGUGAACAUGCACUUAUUCAGCAUAAUUUGAUCGCAGCAAGUAGGGUGUACAAAAAUAUUACUUUCACUGGAAUGGGUGAGCUUUUGGAGAUUGAUGCUGAUAGGGCUGAGAGGAUUGCUGGUCAGAUGAUAUCUGAUGAAUUGCUCAGUGGAAUUAUUGACCAGCCUGAUAAUGUGCUUUAUUUUGAUGAUCCUGAAACUUUACUGCCAGAAUGGGAUGUCCAGGUGAAAGCUACUUGUGAUCAGGUAAAUCAUAUAAUCGAGCUGAUGACGAAGAAUAAUCUGCUUCCGGAGAUGGUAACGAUAAAGAUGGAGAUGGAUUUUUAAAGAUCCAGUUUUUAUUCUUUGACAAUUUUUGUUUUUGUUUCAUGUGGUUGUUGCGAAUGGUAUGACAGAUGGUCUGUUUUGGUGUUCUUCCCCUAUGUGCAUUGAAAGUAUAUUGGAAGGUUUAUGUAUUAAGGAAGAUGGAUCAGUUGUUAGACUGAUUUGCUUUCCUCAACAGUGCCAUAGCUGGUUUUGAAUAAAUUGAUGACCCAUACCUGUCCAGCUUCCUGUCGAGAGAAAGGAAUCAGAUCUGAUAACCCGUCCAGGAUCAAUCAACGUUGAGAAAACUGCCUUUAGUUGUUUAUAUACCAGCAGUAUUAAGUAUUAAUAGUGUUAAUAUAAUGUUACUUAGUUUAAGGAUGUUUGUGUUUUGGGUAGACUACCCAAUUAUUUUUCUUUUCCACUCAUGUGGUCUCAUGUACAUAAAUAAGUGCCACUUUACACAAUGGAAUAAUUAUAUAAGUUUUUCCUAAUUAAUACACCUUCCAGGAAAUUAAAAACUAUUAUAUAAUGAAUCAACUAUAUUGAUAAAUUCUAUUAAUAUAUAUUUGUAAUUUGACUAAAAGUUUAAAGAUGUUAGUUUAAUUUUAAUUGAUGAUUUUGUUGUUCGGUAUUUCAUGACUCAACGUACAUUUUUGAGAUUUUCAGUUUAUCAUUACUUGUAAUAAGUACAUACCUACUUACUUUCAGAUGUGAAUAUGAACAAUAUUAAACUCUUCAAAUUUGAUCAAAUUCUAAAGUACAAAUAAAGCCAGAUAGUGAAAAUUGAUUAUUCAACGAUAAAAUUCAAAAGUGAUUGACAAAUACGGUUAUAAAAAUAGAUGAACCUUUGGAGAGAUCAGUUGUUACCUGAACAUAGACCCAAUUUGUUCUAUUGUUGUAUACCAUAAGUAAAUCAAUAUGCCUAACAAAGAACAAGACCCACAAAAAAAAGAAAUUGAAGUUAAAAAAGAGCAAGAACAAUCUACCAAGGAAUUAAAAAGAGAAAAACGCACGGUGACCAUAGUACGUCCAAGGUUUUUCGAUCAAUAAAUCAGCGUCGAUCUUUUCAAUAUAUUUGGAUCAUAUCUUUAAAGUAAACACAACUUUUUCACUUACAUCCACUGAUAACUAAAAAUUAUAUAAACUUGAACGCUUGUGGAAUAUCCAAUCUUUCCAAACUUAUCACUCAAUCACAGUACACCGCAGACUAAAAACGUGUAAGGUGAUAAAAUUCAAUUCAACAUGGCCGAUAAUAAUCAAGCAAAUGGAACUGCGUCUGAAGUUAAUCCACCAGCCGAAACUAACACAACGCCCGAAAACAAUGGUACAAAUGAAGAACAAAAUGGCGGAGAAUGCACGAAACCGGAAACAACAACGCGGAGCUGUCCAAUCCAAAGCAGAGAGAUUAUAAACGCACCAGAACUAGUUUUCGAUUAACAUAUUUGAUAAUAAUUAUAGUGACAUAGUCAAGUUGCUAUAAAAGGCAAGGAAAUAAAAAUACGUUUUUAAGUUAAA